CCGAGCUCUCCCUCCCGGUGUCCCGCAGGGGUCGCGUACGAGCGCAGGCUGACCGUGGAUGGCGAGGAGACCACGCUGCUGGUGCUGGACACCUGGGAGUCAGAGCAGCGGGAUGAGGAGAGCCAGCGCCGCAGCCACUGCCUGCAGAUAGGGAACGCCUACAUCAUCGUUUACUCUGUCACUGACCGGGACAGCUUCGAGAGCGCCUCGGAGCUGCGCAUCCACUUGCGCCGGGCGCGCCAGGCCGAGGACAUCCCCAUCAUCCUGGUGGGCAACAAAACCGACCUGGUGCGCUGCCGGGAGGUGUCCGAGGAAGAGGGCCAGGCCUGUGCUGCUGUCUUUGACUGCAAGUUCAUCGAGACGUCAGCGGUUCUGCAGCACAACGUGGACGAGCUCUUCGAGGGUGUGGUGCGGCAGAUCCGCCUCCGCCAAGGGGGCAAAAAGUCCCACCUGCACCCCCCACCCGGCCAGAAGCACAAGGAGAGCCUCGCCAGCAGAGCCCGGCACUUCCUCGACAGGCUGGUGACCAGGAACAGCAGCAAAGUGGCCCUCAAAGUCCGCUCCAAGUCCUGCCAUGACCUGUCCGUGCUCUGAGAGCCGCGCUCCUGUCCCUCCCCGCGCGCCGGCUGGGACUCUGCGCUCUGCCAGCAGCGUGGCCAGUGGCCAGUGCAGAGCUCAGACUGGCCUGCAGUGAUGCUGAGCACGUGGAGCUGUUUCCACUGGUGCUGAGGGAUGUGAAGGUGCUCUGGAUCCAGCCAUUCCCACCAGGAGAGGGGAUAAGUGGGAUCAGGUCCGUGGAGUGGAGGAUGGGAUGGGUACCUGCACUUGGAGUGGUGAGGUUUUGGAUCACAGCUGCUCCUGCAGAGCCGGAGGUGAGGGGUGGCUGUGCCCCAGAGCAGGGCUGGAGGCUACCAGGAGUGUGGCAGGUCCCACUCACAGUGCUGUCCUGCACAGGGCAGCCGGGACUGGCAGGGGCACCGUGGCAUUGUCCACCUUGGAUAGCCUGGAGCCUGGCUGGGAAGAGGGGGCAGGGGAGCACCAGCGGCAUCACCUGGCACCCUGACCCUGCUGGGCCAGGGCUCUGUGCCAUGUCUCACUGGCACCAGUGUGUUUCUGUGCUCUCUCUGUACUGGUGUGAUGGGGAAACCCUUGAUCUGCAGAAUAAACCACAUCAGGGAGGUGCUGUUCUCUGCUG